AUGACCCCGACAUCGGGCUCACUGGGUGGAUACCCCACCGGCAGCGGUUUUGCGCAAUUUCCGGGCCAGUAUGCGCCGCAAAGCUCCCCAGAUUUGAUGUCUCGUAAUCCAGAUCCCAUGGCUUUGCAGAACCUUCAGCGUGGCUUCAAUCCCAUGGCGCAUAUUCGCCCGCAACCUGGAAUGAGUCCUUCCGGAAUGGCCCAUGGUCAUCCGAUGAAUGUUCCCUCUCCACAGCAGACCAUGAAUAGACUACCUCACGCUGGUAUGCACCAACAGAGAGAGAAUCAUCCUUCCGCCAGUCCGUCUAUGGCUAGUCCAUCAAUGUUUGCUAUCCAACAGCGACAGAAUCAGUCCCAGUCCCAGCCGCAAUCGCCACAGCAGGCAAAUCAACAGUUGCAGCACCAACUUCAGCAGCAGCAGUUUCAACAGCAGCAAAGGAUCCAGGAGCAAAGGUUGGAACAGCAAAAGCAGAUGCAGCACCGUCUAGAGCAACAGCAACGAAUGGAGCAGCAGCAGAUGAUGGAGCAGCAAAGACAGAUGAAGCAACAGGAACUUGAACGGGAUCACCGUCUACAGCAGCGGGUUGCGCAAUAUCAAAAGGAACAGCAACAUCAGCAGAUGCUGGAAAACCAGCGUAUAGAGCAGCGAACGGCUGCACAAAAGGAGCGUGAUGAGCUGCUACAAAAACAAAAGACCGAGGAAGAAUCUCGACGUCGAGAGCAGGAGGAGGCGGCGCGAUUGAAAAAGGAGCAUUUGGAAAGGGAGCAGCGCGAACAACAGAGGCAAUUGGAGCAACAACGGAGACGUCAAGAGGCGGAGGAUAUAGUACGAUAUCAAAAGGAGCAGCAGGAUGAGCAAGAUCGGCAACAGCGGCAGCAGCAACAGCAGCAACAUUUGGAGCAACAGAGAUUGCAGAAGUUGCAGCAACAGACCCAGGCCCAGAACCCAUACCAACAACAAUCACCAUUCGCUCAACACUCUCAACCUCCGUUCCACCCAUCUCAAUAUCAGCCGCAACAUUUUGCCCAGCACCAGGCGCAAUUCGCUCAGUCGCAGCAACCCCAGUUCCAGGCAUCACCACACCAAGCUCAGUUCCACCAAUACCAGCCAGCGUCGCAUCCAGCCGGUGGUCCAACAUCACAGACAGCCCUACCGACUGUCCCUGCGGCAGAGGAGAGUCCGUUCAUGAACCACGAGCCAAGUCCCGUCCCCAAGAAGAAGAGUAAACCUAAGAAGUCUGCCCCUGCUCAACCCGAACCUGCCCAGGUACCGCCGCCUCCUCAACCGCAACUUAAUAUUCCUGCUGCAAUCCCCACUGCACCUCCCGCUCUCCCUAACGGUCAAGGACAGAUCCCCACUGUGCCGUCAGCAGGCGGUGAUCAGCUUGCCGCUCCACCUGCGAAGCGUCGCCGUGGUCGACCACGCAAAGAAGAAGUUGCAGCCAGGGCUGCCGCGGCGGCUGCCGCAGCCGCUCAAAAUGGCGAGCCGAUCCCCGGAAUGUCGCAACCAGGACAGGCUUCUUUCACCUCAAAUAUGACACCCACCGCCCCAGGUGCUCCAGCGCCAGGGAAACCCACGACUAUUAUCGGGCCGGAUGGUACUCCCUUGAAGCGGAAACGUGGGCGUCCACGAAAAGCCGAUCAGAUUGCGUGGGCGGCUGCAACUGGUCAACCCUUGCCACCACCUAAGCCGAGGAAGCCAUCUUCGGCGAAGCCAAAGCCACCUGGCACGGGCCGGCCGCGUGGAAGACCUCGUAAAGCCGAUGUGGCCGCGGCCGCGGCCGCGGCGGCUGCUGCCGCCGCCAGUGGUGAUCAAACACAGGCUGAUGGUCAAGCUCAAUUCGAUGAGAGCACGGAUGCAACUACAGUUCAAAAACAUGCAGCCUCUGCAGUUGAUGAGAACUCACGCAAACGGCCCGCUCCAAGUCCCUCCCAGUUGCAUCAAGGCCAGACUUUGCCGCAACAGCAGACUCAUAUGUUCCAACAGGGUCAGCCUGUGCAGCAGCCAGGCCAGCAUCUUGGUCAAGCGCAGGUCCAACACAUGCACCAACAAGCUCAGCAUCUGUCUCCUCAGCCUCCACAUAUGCCUAAUGGCCAAUCCAUGCCCCAGCAACCGGGGGCGCCGCUGUCAAUGCCCCAACACAUCCAAAUGCAUCAUCAAUCUCCUAUUCACCCUCCUCGACCUCUCCCGCAUCAACAGCCUUAUAUGCAAUCUCCCAUGCAGCAACAAAUGCAACACCCUGUGCAAGCUCAGUCCCCUGUCCACGGGAUGCCGGGACAGCAGCAGCGCAGAGCACCUAUUCCACAACGCAGCCAGGCACCCCCUCCGCCUGCCCCUCAGCAUGAGCACCAACAUACCUUCCAAAUCCAAAUGCAACCGCAGCCAACCUAG